UGUGCACAACACCAGUAAUUACACCCCGGUCCGUCGCAGAAAUACCACGCAGUGUGAUUCGUCAUCAGCAGCAGACGCACAACCACAAGAUUACCACCAGCAACAAUGCUUUUCUACUCGUUUUUCAAGUCUCUGGUGGGGAAGGAUGUGGUGGUGGAGCUGAAAAACGACCUGAGCAUCUGUGGAACGCUUCAUUCUGUUGACCAGUACCUGAACAUCAAGCUCACAGACAUCAGUGUCACAGAUCCAGAGAAAUAUCCACACAUGCUGUCGGUGAAAAACUGUUUCAUCCGUGGGUCUGUGGUGCGGUACGUUCAGCUUCCUGCAGAUGAAGUUGACACUCAGCUGCUGCAAGACGCUGCGCGAAAAGAAGCAAUGCAGCAGAAGCAGUGAUUUACCUGCACGAUGGGGUUUAGUUCUGGGGGGGGUGUAUGUGUGGGGGUGCUUGUGACAGAUGUUAAGUAGUUAAAGUUUUCAGUUAAUUUCAUUUCAGUUCUUGUCAUUAAGCAGUAUUGGUCAUUAGCCUCUGCUCUUUCACAAAGAUUUUAAGUGCAUUCCUGACAUUAGCGAUCAAUAAUUUACAUAACUGUAAUAAUCCAAGUAAUUUGUUUAGUUACUAAAAGAAAUGGUGCAAAGAUGCAAUUUUGAGCCCAGUGAAGGCAAAGAUUUGUUGUAAUGAUUCUUUUGCAUAAAACCAGCACUGUUGCUUAUGACUGGGAUUUUUUUUUAUGCCACUUCAAAAUAAAAAGCUAUUUUAUUUACA